AUGCCCAAGAGGAAGGUCGGCUUGGCAGAAGGCACAGGGGAGGAGCCCAAGAGGAGGACAGCAAGGCUGUCAGCUAAGCCUGCUCCUGUGAAAGUGGAAACGAAGCCAAAAAAGGCAGCAGGAAAGGAUAAGUCUUCAGACAAAAAAGUGCAACCAAAAAGGAAAAGAGGAGCAAAGGGAAAACAGCCCAAAAUGGCUAACCAAGAAACUAAAGAUUUACCUGCAGAAAAUACAGAAACUAAAAAUGAAGAGUCCAGUCUCUCAUGA